ACACACGGUGAAUUUGGACUGAUUUCAUAAAGUGUGUGAGAGUAAGUGUAAUAUUAAGUACUGAAUUGAAGUCCGUUUUGAGGGGAAAUAUCGCAGCGUUUGUCGUUUGAACUUUCGCCCGCCACAGGUCAUCUCGGACCUGAGUCCCAUGUGUGGUCAAAGGUCAUUUCAUCACCCAUCCGACCCAGCCAGCCUCACACCGCUCCGCCCCAAGCUCCCUCUCACUCAAAAUCUCGAGUGGAAAAAAUGAAAAAAUUUUGAACAAGCCCCAAGAUUGGCGGACCAUCAAAAACUUCUUUUUUCUGAAAUCAGUAGAAAAGCCAGUCGCCAUUUUUACAAUUUCCAAAUCCCAAAACCUACACUACUGGACAUUUUGACUCGCUAUAUUUUCAACAUUUUCAUAAACUUUUAAAGAAAAAUUCUUCAUUUUGUGAAAAAACGGUUGGAAAUAUGGCCCAACAGCAGCGAGGUGGGGGUUCACAUGGGUACUGUCUAAAAUGGAGGUUUCAUAGCUCGAACGUGUUGCACAUGUUUAACCAACUUCUGCUUAAUGAGAGUUUUACCGAUGUUCUCGUCGCCUGUGAGGGGAAGGUCAUCAAAUGUCACAAGAUCGUGCUCUCGGCGUGUUCAAAGUAUUUCGAACAAGUAUUUUGCGAAUACCCACUACAAAAUUCAACGCUUGUAAUAUUAAAAGACAUGAAAUUUGCGGAUGUGCAAGCUAUUAUUGAAUUUAUGUAUCAAGGCGAGAUCAAUGUUGCACACGAUCAAUUAGCUUCUUUGUUGAAGGCAGCGGAGAGUUUGCAAGUAAAGGGACUCGCAGACAUUACGGGCGCUGGAGGAGGCGCCGGUGCUACUGCGGCAGCAGUUACUGGGAAUAAUAAGGAUGAUCAUGCCGAGUUCAUUGGAGGGGAUACGGGAGGAGAGGACUCAGCACCCCCUUCUCCGCCAAGUAUUUGUAUGGAAGGAAAUUCCGAUGGAGGUGGUUCCUUACAAGAGUCUCCACCAAAAAGAAAGCGUGGAAGACCUCCCAUGAGCAUGGAUGAUGGAAUGAGUAUGAGCAUGUCGACAGGCCCUACUCAAAUCUUGACCGAAGGGUCACAAAUGUAUGAAGAAUUUCCAGUUGGAAACUUAUUGGAUUCCCACUUCGCAUUGCCAGCUAGAGCUAGAAAACCUAAUAGUAACAAACGAAAAACGAUGAUGCCGGGCAUUGGAGAAAUCGAACAAGGAGAUGAUGAUGAUAAUGAUGACGGUGACUUGGGAAUCAUGGAAGGUGAUGAUGAAGUUACUGAAGAUGACGUCCAAAAUAUUGUUAAAAUGACUGAGUAUAUUGAAAAGGGAGGUUCUCGUCCUCAAUUCUGGGAAGAGCCCACAACAAGAAAAAUCAUGAACGCAAUUCGAUCCAAAAAAAUGGAAAUGAAAUCAGCUGCAGAGAUUUUGGGAGUUUCAUAUUCAACGCUGUACUCGAGAUACCGUGAGCUUCACGGAUAUUUAAAAAUGCCUCAUCAUUCGGAUACAAAUUUCAAUUACUACCAAGUACUAAAUUUAUUACGAGCGGGACAAAUUACUUUAUCGGAUGCAGCAAAGAGGUUGAACAUUCACGAGAAGACUCUUGGGGCUUAUCUAAGCUCCACAAUCACGCCCAAAAAACCACGCGUAUCUAUUACUCCUUCGACUUCUAGUAACAAUGACCCACAAACAUUUGGAAUGAAUUUAUUGGAACAAGUAACUCUACAGGGAACCCAAAUUAGUAAUGUCCUUGAAAAGCAACAAUUGAAUUACGACGAGGACGACGAUGAUUCCGACCAUGAUCAGGAUCAUGGUCCACCCCCUGGAUCCUCCUUGCAACAACUAGAAAUGAAACAAGAAGGUGAUCAAGGAGAUGGUUGGUCUCGUUAAUAGUGACCCCUAUACGCUGCUACUCAGAUUAUUAGGGUACCAAACUUUUCGCGAACCCUAAAAGCGAAGCAUUUCCAUCCACCACGUAUAAUAGACAUUUAACAAAAGCAUUUGAUCGUGCGGUAGUGAACUAGGCUAGUUGUGUUAUUAUUCAGCUUUAUUAUACUAUUCUACAGUUAGAAGACGAUAAGAAACAUUUCACGCGCCACACUUAUGCAAUGGUAAGGUUUUUAGAUUUGUAAGGAUAAGCAGGGAUUAGUUAAAUAAAAUUGAUCAGUGUACCAAGUUAUAAAUAUAUAAUUAUAUAUAUAUAUUAUAUGUACAGGUUAGUAUGUUUCACAUUCUUUUGUAACCGUACUAGACAAUUUGACAAAUUAUUCAACUACAACAUAGUCAUGCAGAUAUGAACAACAAAUUUGUUUCGGGCCAUUAUUUUAUUCCGAUCGACUUUACUUUGAUCGAUUAUUAUACGGACAUGUCUGUCAAGCCUACAAGACUAGGUAGGCAUUUUUGAGUCAUUCACAAUUUACAACGGUGUAAUAGAUUUUCAAUAUUUUUGUUAAGUAGAUAUGUUUCUUGAAUGUCUUUUCAUAAUUAUGAUGAGUAUGACUAUUGAGAGAUCAACGAGCGGUAUUUGAGUGCAGUUGUCAUAAGUAAGUACGUUUAAUACGGUGUCAUACUAUGUUUACCUAUGCACAAUUCUUGUGCUAAAGAAUACUUUUUGCAACCAAAAAUCAAUAGUGGUAGAAAAAGGGGUUUAUAAAUUUCUUAAUUUAUAUUAUAGUACACAAGUGUCAGUAUGAGAGUAUAUUAGCGACAUAUUAUUAUUUAUCUUAAAAACUAUCUGCAAGAGAUUGCAACCUAUUCCAAAAAAUGAAAGAAUUUGUAUCAUCGUUGUUAGAAUUGGAUGAUCUCAGGGAAUAAUUUACUUAAGAAGAAGGGGUUACAAUACAACGAUGACAAGUUAUUCUCGUAUAUGAAAUUGUUUAAGACAACGAUGUUUUUUUUAUUUCCUUACAUGUCGGACAAAUCUUACUUAUCUGAGAUACCUUCUUAUUUGCUCACUUUGAAAAUUGAUAAAGUUUUAGUGAUGUGUUCACACUUUGUUGAUUUAUAGCUCUAAAGAUAAUAGCUGGACGAUAGCACGUUAUGUAAGAUGUUGUAAAUCCCGUUUGGCUGGUGCACAUCCUAAUGAAUCCGAAGCACAAAUCUAUAGAGUAUAUAUUGACCUUCUGUAUCUAACUAAUUGAAAUGAGUGAGUAAUUUUAAAUGUCCCGUAAGCUGUGCGUUUAAACGUGAAAAAUCAUUGACUGCUGCCAUAUUUUGCAAACAUUAUUAUUUUCUGUCAGAAAUCAAAAAGUGCAGCUUUAUGUUAAUUAUACUUCGGCUAAUAAAAAUUCCGUUGAAGCAUAUACAACAAAAAUCCCACUUGAAAUGCUAUUUUCUUCAACUAUGUUCAACUAAAAGAAAUGUUUGCGAAUAAUAUAUGUUCUAAAUAAUUCUAACCUGAGAUUUUGUAACAAUUAAUAUUUUAAUUUGUAAUGCAUAUAUUUACUAAUAUAACACAAUUAACGUACAAAAACCACCUUUCUUUCAUAUACUCGUAUUUUCUUCACUGAGUUAUACACUAUCACUAUACAAGAAGGUUAAUUAAAUAAAAUAAGCAAGAUACAUUACGUUUAAAAAA